UGAAAAUUGGAAAGAGUUUCAGCUACCGAGCUACCCCACUUGCCGCUUGCUUCAUUGCCACACUUCCACACCCAACUCCUCCUUUUUCUUUCGUUGCUUUCUUCACUGUAAAUGGCACUUCAAUGACUACCUCCCUCUGCAAUAGAACAUCCACCACCUCAAAGUUUCAAUUUUUGAAUUCGUUCUGUCGUGGGCACCCCAAUGGCCCCUUCCAUGCCAUCUCCGCCACCAAGCUACGCUCUUUCCAUCAGGGACGACCAAUUGGAUCCCAAAGAAGAGAGCAAGUGCGCUUUCCUUGUGGUAGCUCUCUGCCCUUGUCUCGUUUGCUUCAUUAUCCUCUUAAUUGCACUCUCUAUCAUUCUCGUUCUCAAAUUCCACUUCUUUUGCCACACCCCUCUUCACUUCUUGCUCCACAAAAAGAACUGCUGAAUUCCCAUCUUAAUUUCUUAUUAAAGUUUCCGUUUAUCAAUAAUUCUAUCGGUUUUGCUACUCUUGGUAAUGGUGAUGCUGUUUUUGGGGUUGAAUCUGGCAUUGAUAAUGAUGAAGAUGAUGAUGAUGAUGAUGAUGGUAGGGAUUUUAAUGCUGAGUCAUGUGCUGAUCCAGAUGAGGUUAAUAGAGUAUGCAAGGUGAUUGAUGAAUUGUUUGCAUUGGAUAGGAACAUGGAGGCUGUUCUUGAUGAAUGUGGGGUUAAGUUGUCACAUGAUUUGGUUAUGGAUGUGCUGCAGCGGUUCAAGCAUGCAAGGAAGCCGGCAUUUCGGUUCUUUUGGUGGGCCGGGGGAAGGCCUGGAUUCGCCCAUGAUUCCAGAACUUAUAACUCCAUGAUGCAUAUUCUUGGGAAGACCAGACAAUUUGAGACGAUGGUGGCAAUGCUUGAGGAAAUGGGGGAGAAGGGCCUUUUGACAAUGGAGACUUUCUCCAUUGCUAUCAAAUCCUUUGCUGCCUCAAAGGAGAGGAGAAAAGCUGUUGGGGUCUUUGAUCUGAUGAAGAAGUACAAGUUUAAAGUGGAUGCUGAUGCUAUUAAUUUGUUGCUUGAUAGCCUUGGCAGGGCAAAGCUUGGUAAAGAAGCUCAAGCAGUUUUUGAAAAACUAAAGGGUAGAUUUAUGCAUGAUUUGCAAACUUACACCGUACUUCUUAAUGGUUGGUGCAGGUUAAAGAAUUUGCUGGAGGCAGGGAGGGUGUGGAAUGAGAUGAUUGAUAAGGGAUUUAAGCCAGAUAUUGUUGCACAUAAUAUUAUGCUUGAAGGGUUGCUAAGGUGUAAGAAGAAAUCUGAUGCCAUCAAGUUAUUUGAAAUCAUGAAGGCCAAAGGUCCAUCUCCCAAUGUUAGGAGCUAUACAAUUAUGAUUCAGGAAUUCUGCAAGCAAAAAAUGAUGGGAGAUGCUGAAGAGUAUUUUGAUGAAAUGAUAGAUCGUGGGUGUCAACCGGACACUGCACUUUACACGUGUUUGAUCACUGGGUUUGGCAGGCAGAGGAAAAUGGAUUUGAUAUCUGAUCUACUGAAGACAAUGAAGGAAAGAGGUUGUCCACCGGACGGGAAAACCUACAAUGCUUUGAUAAAAGUGAUGACAAGCCAGCAUAUGCCGGAUGAUGCAAUGCGAAUAUACAAGAAGAUGACUCAAAGUGGCAUCAAGCCUACCAUUCACACUUACAACAUGAUAAUGAAGUCUUAUUUUGUGACAAAGAACUAUGAAAUGGGACAUGCCAUAUGGAAUGAGAUGCAUCAUAUGGGGUGUUGCCCUGAUGAUAAUUCCUACACUGUAUUCAUCGGAGGCCUUAUAAGACAGGGCAUGUCAGGCGAGGCAUGUAGAUAUAUAGAGGAAAUGAUAGGGAAGGGGAUGAAAGCUCCUCAACUUGAUUAUAACAAGUUUGCUGCUGAUUUUUCUAAAGCUGGGAAUCUUAGCAUACUUGAGGAGUUAGCUGAAAAGUUGAAAAUUGCCGGUAAAUUUGAGGUCUCCGAUGUUAUUGCCAGUUGGGCUGAGAUGAUGAGGAAAAGUGCCAAUAGAAGAGAGCCUACAUAUUCAGUUGGGCGGUUCAUAUAAACACUCAGCAUGUCAAACGUGGGUGGAACCUGUUGGUACUAGAAUGUUUUAACUAAAUUUUAUUGACUACCAGUCAUCUAGUUUGGCUUCUAGUUUAUGUCUUCUGGUUUUGUACUUUGUAUUUCACUAUUUGUAUAUUGAUAUUAAUGUUGUUUGAAAAUUAUAAGCUAAUAUUGUAUGAUGUCGUG